CUGUUCUUUCCUAUACGAAGGCUAGAUCUUCCUUGCCAUUCAUUGUAUCAUUACGUUCACUCAUUGCUCUGUUCUUACCAUGAAUAUUCUACUCCUCUGUGCUGUGGUAGGCACUGCUUAUGCCCAGGCACUGCCACCAAACUCAUAUCGUGCCCCGAAUGGAGGUGUCACCAAUGGUUUCGGUAACGGAGCGCCAAGAAAUGGUUACAGUGCCCCUCCCAGCAACACCUAUGGAGUACCCAACGGCGGAUACGGAGUAGACCCUGAGAUUGCUGCUUUGGCUGAGAACAUUCCCGGGGGCGGCGUCCCCGGCGAGGACUACCCAAUCUUGGCUUCCGUGCCCGACACAGGCUUCUCGUGCGAUGCCCAGGCGGUGCAAGGUUAUUACGCCGACACUGCGCCUGAAGCCGGCUGCCAGGUGUUCCAUAUCUGCCAGGACCGUGCCCUCAGGCGCCAACAGGACUCGUUCCUGUGCCCCAACGGUACCAUCUUCAACCAGCAGUACCUGGUAUGUGACUGGUGGUUCAACGUGGACUGUUCUCAAGCUGAGAGCUUCUACUCCGUCAACGAACUCAUUGGAGUCGUUCCCGACACCGGUUACAGUUAUGGCCCAGGCAUUAACGGCAACGGUAGGAACGGAAAUGGUAACGGAAGGAACGGUCUGGGUGGCAAUGGAAACGGAUACGGCUCCUCCUUCUAAUUCCUAUGGUGCUCCUUAGUAAGCCGGUUCUGUCAUAGAUUCCAUAGCUCUCAGAAUCAAAAUGCUCGUAGCGUUCUUUAACUCAAUACUCAUCUUCUCCCAUUUAUCUUUUCCGUCCGGUUUUAGACCAUUUGCCAGUUUUCUUUCUCUUCUUUUCCUUUUCCAUCUCCUUUAUAAAAUCUUGCUGUGCUAUUCUUACUCGCCGGUAUAAAGUUAUUUGUUUUGUUUUGUAACAUUAAUCAAUAGUUAAACACAUCUCGUACUUACCUGUAAGUAAAUAUAUUUUG